AUGGGCCGCGUUAGCACCAAAACCGUGAAAAGGGCGACCCCGGUCAUCAUCAAGAAGUACUACAGGCGUCUGGGCACCAACUUUCACACCAAGCGCGUGUGUGAGGAGGUGGCCUUCAUCCCCAGCAAGAGGCUCCACAACAAGACAGCAGACUGUGCCACGCCGCUGAUGAAGUGGAUCCAGAGGGGCCCUGGGAGAGGCAACUCCAUCAGGCUGCAGGAGGAGGAGAGAGAGAGGAGAGAGAACUCUGUCCCCGAGGUCUCAGCCCUCUAG